UUCAUGACCAAACGCCCUUCUUUUAACGGCAAUUUAGCACCCACAAUCAUCCACUUCAAUUGCCUAGGGUUUCCAAUAAUUUGCUGUGCAACAUUUGCUCUGCACGCACAUUCAUUUCAUUGAAAUGGUGAGGACUGUGAAGAUUCGCCAUGAAGCGGACGAAGAGGACGAUGAAGAAUCUUCUCAAAAGGCGAAAUUAGAAGGGAAGAGAAAUGCUGGGAAGGUAAAUUCUCAUCGUUCUAAGCAUUCUGAGACGGAGCAGAGGAGGAGGAUAAAGAUUAACGAGAGAUUUCAGACUCUAAGAAAUCUGAUACCUGAAAAUGAUCAGAAGAGAGACCGAGCUUCAUUCUUGUUAGAGGUUACAGAAUAUAUCCAGUUUUUGCACGAGAAAUUACAGCUGUAUGAAGGAACCUACCAAGGAUGGAGUGCAGAACCCUCGAAGUUGAUGCCAUGGAGAAGCAGUUCUGGGCCUGUGGAAGACUUUGUUGAACAUUCUCAAAUGAUCAGGAACGGCUCUGCUCAUGAGGAUAAUGUUGUCAUUAACCCAACAUUGCUUGCAAGUGCACAGAGCUCUGUAGAACCGAACUUGACUGCCACUGCUUUAUAUAGAGCAACGGACAAUUCCUAUAUGGCAGCAGAUGAAGCAAUUGCUUUUAACAUGCCACUGCAACCUAAUUUAUUUGAAAAUGCAUCUGUUCAACCAUCUCCUGAUGCUGAGCAUUGCACUUCCCAACCUCAAUCAUUAUAUGGGCCAGGUAAACAAGAUACAAUUGAGUCUGAUGUCCUGAGCUAUGGCAGAAAUGAUCAGGAACAAAUGAAAAUCAAUGGUGAAGAAGCUGGCAUCUCAAGUGCAUAUUCUCAAAGGUCUUGGUCUUGAGCAGGUUGAUUGAUACCGUACACCAGACACUUGAGUCGAUCGGAGUGGAUAUAUCACAGGCCAAUGUUCGAGUAGAGCUUGAUAUUGGCAAACGCUCAAGUAGUGGAGUCACAGCUACAACAUUAAGCAUAGGAGAGAACCAUGAUCAUGCUCCUAAAAGGCGUAAGACAGAAGGUAGUAUGUGAUAGUCAAUCUAGCACGAUGGCUCCACUCGUAAUUUUUCUGCAUCUUGUCAUUGUUUUGAUGGAGACACACAUGAAGUAGCCGAUCUCAGUGGAUGAGAUGGUUCACAAACAGCUUAUGAGAAAACUGAGGAGCUGAUGGUCUUUGAUUUGUAGGGCUGUUGGAAUCUCUGAGGACGUUAUAUUUUACACGUCACCCUUUUAUUCUCAAGCUAGGUUUCCAUUUAAAUAUGAGAAGCUGCAUUUCAUUCUCAAGGGUAUUUUUUUUUUUCAAGUUAGAUCCUAGUUCAGUUUCUUUCUUGUUUUUUAAGUAGACUUUGUUAAUUCUCAGUGUGGCAUUCGGUAAAGUUUUUCAUACUCACUGGCAGAAUUGCAGGACGUGGUUUCUGCCGUCUAUUUAAGAUGCCUUCAUGGAUCUGGUUUCAUAGUUGAUUUGUAAACUGGGAAUCCCAUAUUUUAUUUCAGAUCUUUGCAUGAAGAAUUUUAUAUGUAUACCAAAUUUUCUCCUUUCA